AUGGAUGGCAGAAAAAAACUUAGUGGAGCUGAAUACAAAAGAAUUGCUAAAGAAAAACGAAAAAAAGAAAGCGAUGUGCUGUCACUAACGCCAAAAUUAGAAACGUUAUUCAACAAAUCUAGUGUUAAUAGAUCAAGAAUGAAAAGAAAAAUGGCUGAUGAAUUGUGCAAUGAUGAAGCUCUGACAAGUGUUGAAAAUAUGUACCAAUUGACUAUGUUAGAAAUCAUUGACAGAGUGAUUACAGAACUUAGUGACAGAUUUGAAUCUUUGAAUAAUGUAAACAGCAUGUUUGGGUUUUUGAAUGAUGUUAAAAUUGAAGAAAUGCAGACAGCAGAUCUAAAAAUUAAAGCCGAAAAUUUGGCAAAUAUAUACUCAGCUGAUCUCAACAUUGAUGAAUUCAUGUUUGAAAUAGAAAGUUUUAAGCAUCACGCUUUGACAGUUGACAAAAGUGAAAAACAGUGGCUUACUGAAGCCAUAGGCAGAAUGUUGAAUGCUUUCCGGUUCCUACGUUGUCCUCCAAAAUUGGUGCUAGUCCUCCUCGAGAUUGUUGCUGAAACACAGCCCGUGGAAUGGAGAAAGAGAAAAUUCUCAUCAGAAAGCUUAGCGGUGCCUGCAACUCAAAUUGCUUAA